AGGCAGGGGACGACGGCGAGACAGGGCACUCGUUGUUGUUAUGAUGAUGUUUUACAGUUCAGAGUAGCCUUGAAACUUUAAAACAUAAUUUUACUGAGGGCAUAAGUAUCUUGGCACAUCUCGCUGCAAGUUAAGGGUAAUGAUUUGGCUGCAUGUUGUUAAAAUCCCUCUCACCACCACCGACACAUCCUCCCAAGACGAGUGAUGGGUUCUAAGUUGACCAGACAGAGAAGUCUGGAUUUGGAAAGCAAAUUGUCCAAAAGAAGACGCCAGAGAAAUGACACCUCGGGAGAAAGCGAGAGAACUGGCGCCAGGGGCGGCGGAGACUUGUUGUUUACCUCCUUGAUGCUCAAGUCAGACAAGCUCCCGGGGAUGCUGCGGAAAACCAACCACAGCCCAUAUGUCAGACGGGUGGCUUGGAUUAGGGAAAUCCAGAGGCUUCUCCGGGAGCAGAAGAAGGAGCAAGCCGCUGAAGUGCUCAAACUGCUGAGAAAGGAUAUGGGACUCCAGGGAACGUCACUCAAUGAAAUUUUGUACAAAAACGCAGCUUUUCUUAACCUGGUGGAUCCUAUCUCUCACGAGCUGCUGCUCAGUCUCGCCCGGGAUCUGCAGUGUCCAAAAAGGGAGACUGACUCGUUCAAGUCCACCAACAAGAUCUGCCGCCAGCUCAUUUACCACCUGACCCCUCACUCCAAGUGGACGAGACAGAGCGUUCCCAGGAGGAAGACUCAGGCCUGUCUGAAGACCACCCUGAAAAAGAAACUCUCCGGUGAUGUGGUCAACCUGUCAGGUAUCCCGCUGUCUGGCCGAGACGUCCACCGUGUGGCAUUCUACCUCCAGAACAGCAGUGACGCAGUGUCGGCUGUGGACCUGAGCUUCACUGAGCUGCAGGACGAGAGUUUACGGCUUCUGCUGCCCUACCUCGGCUGCCUGCCGAAACUGACCAUACUAGCCAUUAAUGGCAACCGUCUGACAAUGGCCAUCCUAAAAGAUCUUACAGAUGCAGUGAAGGACCCUAAGAAGUUCCCCAGCCUAGCCUGGAUCGACCUGGGCAACAAUAUGGAUAUCUUCACCGUGCCGCAGCCGCUGCUUGUGGCCCUACGGCGCCGCUUUGGUUUACGCAGUAGCCUGCCCACAAUUUAUGAGUACAGAGAGGCACAGGCAUUCAGUGGCUACAACCCAAACAUGGAGACCUCUGUGGAGGAGCCCAGUCUCUGUGAAGAGGCAGAUGGAGAGGAAGAUGAUAGAGAGGAGGAGGAGGACAGGCUGGAGCUUCGAGCCUGGGGCUUUGGAGAAGAAAAUAUGUCAAAAAAUUUGCCGCUGCAGUUCUGUGGGAGGUGAUCGGCCAGAGAUUUCUUUUAGACUUGCUGCCCCUGAGAUCCCUCAGUAUCACUUCACCCUAAGUUUAGCCUCCAGUGUUAGCAGGUGUCAUUGUGGCAGAUGCUUACAGUGACCCACUUGUUUCUGAAAAUAACUUUAAAAUAAGUAACUGUGUUAUGUGUCCCUCUUGAUGCUCUGACUACUGAAACUCAGCAAUGUGAGGCAGGCAGCUCUGUGUUUUUAUAGGCACUAAGAUUUGAUUUUGGAUUGAUUUAACUUUCAUUUACUGUACACACGAGAAGUUGAGUUGAGGGGCAUGUUUGCUGUAUUUCUGUGCUUUAUGUCCCAAAAGUUUUCUGCUCUCUCACACCUUAAAUAUAAUAAAAUAUGAAAAAAAAAAAAAAUGCUGCAUGUGAUCACAACUGUCAAAGAGCCCACACUUUAUCCUUUCUACAGAUGUUAAUGUGGUCUGUUCUCUUUCCAUGCUGUUAUUCAGGAAAAUCUGUUUAUUUGUGUCUACAGGGAUAUUAAUGAACAGGAUGCUUGGUGUGUGUGUGUGUGUGUGUGUGUGUGUGUGUGUCUGUGUCUGUGUCUGUAUGAGAGCAUAAUUAGAGUGUGCGCCUGUGUGCAUAAGUGUGUUGUGGACAUGCAGAGUAAAUUGCUACCUUUGAUCGUAGAAAUGAAAUGUUUACUCAUUUGCACUUAAAGGCGGACUCUGUCCCUGAAUGCACAAGCUUUGUUUUUAUGGGUUGUUGUUUACAUAAAAAACACCUCCUAAAAUAAGUCGACCACAUCCUAAAAUAAAUGUUUUGUCUCAACUUUUAUUGAAAUCAUAAACCUUUAUAUAAAUCACUGUCAUAAUAAAAAUCUGUUUUAAAUGUACUUAAUUUUGGCCCAUUAAAAUAGUGUCUCGCUUUUAAAGUAAAAGUGAUGUUCGCCUGCCGUUGCUUCGAAAAUAAACAUGAUUUGAAUAA